GGAGAGCAGCGGAAGAAAGUGGUGUUGCUGGGGAAAGAACCAGACUAAGAGAUGUCAAAUAGCGGCGGAGUUGGGGUGAAGAGAGUGUUGAUCGGAGCAGGGUGCAACCGAAUAGUCAACAACGUUUCAUGGGGCGCCUCCGAUUUGGUAUCCUUUGGAGCUCAAAACGCCGUCGUUAUAUUCUCCCCAAAGACUGCUCAGAUUUUGACUACUCUUCCGGGUCACAAGGCUUCUGUCAACUGUACUCACUGGCUCCCUAAUGCUAAAUUUGCUUUUAAAGCUAAGCACUUAGAGCGGCAUUAUCUGCUUUCUGGGGAUGCUGAUGGCACCAUUAUUUUAUGGGAAUUAUCUCUUCUUGAAGGAAAGUGGAGGAAUGUAUCACAAGUACCAGAAUCACACAAGAAGGGUGUCACUUGCAUUACUGGAAUUAUGGUUUCUGAAUCUGAAGCAGUCUUUGCGUCUACAUCUUCGGACGGCACAGUUCACAUAUGGGAGGUGGCUUUUCCUGCUAAUAGUGGAGGUGACUGUAAAUUGAUAUGCCUGGAUUCUAUCUCUGUUGGUUCAAAGCCUAUGGUUGCGCUUUCUUUAGCAGAACUGCCUGGAAAUAAUGGACGUUUAGUAUUGGCAAUGGGAGGCUUGGAUAACAAAAUUCAUCUCUACUGUGGGGGGAGGUCUGAAAAGUUUGUCCGUGCUUGUGAGUUGAAAGGGCAUACAGAUUGGAUCCGGUGUUUAGAUUUCUCGUUAGCUAUAUAUUCCAAUGGCAACACAGAAACUAUUCUACUUGUAAGUUCAUCUCAGGACAAGGGCAUACGCAUAUGGAAGAUUGUGCUGCUUGGUGACAGGAAAGAAGAAGUUAGUUUAGCUUCUUAUAUAAAAGGCCCUGUACUUGUUGCUGGCACAGUGUCAUAUCAAGUUUCUUUGGAAUCUCUGCUAAUUGGACAUGAGGAUUGGGUAUAUUCAGUAGAAUGGCAACCGCCAUCUGCUUCUGGAGACAGGGUUGCUUACUGUCAACCCCAGAGCAUUUUAUCUGCAUCAAUGGACAAGACAAUGAUGAUCUGGCAACCAGAGAGGACUUCUGGUAUCUGGAUGAAUGUUGUCACUGUUGGUGAAUUAAGUCAUUGUGCAUUGGGGUUUUAUGGUGGUCACUGGAGCUCAAAUGGAGAUUCCAUAUUAGCUCAUGGAUAUGGUGGAUCAUUUCAUCUCUGGAGAAAUGUUGGUGUUGACUUGGAUAACUGGCAGCCGCAAAAAGUUCCAUCAGGGCAUUUUGCCGCAGUUGCAGAUAUUUCAUGGGCAAGGAAUGGUGAAUACUUGCUGUCUGUCAGUCAUGACCAGACAACUCGGAUAUUUGCUCCUUGGAAAAAUGAAGCUUCUCUUGAUAGGGAUGGCUGGCAUGAAAUUGCUCGCCCUCAAGUCCAUGGUCAUGACAUCAACUGUGUUACUAUUAUUAGAGGGAAGGGGAACCACCGAUUUGUCAGUGGAGCUGAUGAAAAGGUUGCCAGAGUAUUUGAAGCUCCGUUGUCCUUUCUAAAGACACUGGGUCAUGCCAUUUCACAGAAUAGUAUUUUUGAAGACAUCCAAACAGGUGUUCAGGUUUUGGGUGCAAACAUGUCUGCUCUUGGGCUAUCACAAAAGCCUAUUUAUGUCCAGACUGAGAACAACAUCACAUCAAGCAGGGUUGGUAAUGAGAGCAUAGACACACUUGAAACUAUCCCUGAUGCAGUCCCAGUAGUGUUGACUGAACCCCCCAUUGAAGAUCAACUGGCAUGGCAUACACUGUGGCCAGAGUCACACAAACUCUAUGGUCAUGGUAAUGAACUUUUUUCUUUAUGCUGUAAUCAUGAAGGAAAUCUUGUUGCCUCGUCAUGUAAGGCCCAGUCAGCAACAGUAGCAGAGAUAUGGCUAUGGGAAGUUGGUUCAUGGAAGGCAGUUGGUCGUUUGCAGUCUCACAGUUUGACAGUGACUCAGAUGGAAUUCUCCCAUGAUGACAAAUUACUUUUGACCAUUUCAAGGGACCGCCAGUUCUCUGUUUUUGCAAUCAAUGGGACAGGCACAGAGGAAAUAAGUCACCAGCUGAUAGCAAGGCAGGAAGCACACAAGAGAAUUAUAUGGGCAUGCUCAUGGAACCCGCAUGGUUACGAAUUCGCAACCGGUUCAAGAGACAAGACCGUGAAAAUUUGGGGUCUGGAAAAUCAAUCAUCAGUCAAGCCUCUCUUAACUUUGCCACCCUUCAAAACUAGUGUCACAGCACUCUCUUGGGUUGGUCUCGGCAGCAACAGAAACAAUGAUUUACUUGCAGUUGGAAUGGAAAACGGACUCAUUGAGCUAUGGAGUCUAUCCAUAAACCGAACUAACGAUGGCGCUAUAGGAGUCCCCGCUGCAACUGCUGCUCCUUUUGCCCAGCUUGAUCCUGUCAUGUGCCACGUGUCCACAGUAAAUCGUUUAGCAUGGAGAAACCCCGAAAAGAGGGACGACGAAUGUUGUUUGCAGCUUGCCUCUUGUGGAGCUGACCACUGUGUGAGAGUGUUUGAUGUAAAGGUAACUUAAGCAAACCAGCUGUUUGUUUCAGCAAAGUAAUUUUGGUCUGACCCUAACAUCAUAUAAGCAUAGUGAGAAUUGUGAAAUUUUUCUUAGAUAAACACAAGUCUUUUUCAGAAUAUUCUGCCUUGAUAUAACAUGCUUAUUUCCAUGGA